AUGCGGUGGCGCGUGGGCUGGUGGCGAAGCGUGGGCGCGGGCUGGUGGCGCGUGGGCGCGGCUCUCCUGCUGCUGGCGGCACUGCUGCCGCGCGUGCCGCUCCACUCGCACCUGGCCGCCGACUUCACACACCUCACUCCUCACGAGCUUGCACAUUUCCUCGCAGACUUCUCAAAUUAUCCCAAACUUUAUGCAGACCUGGAAUCAUGGAUGGUGGAGGAAGAGGCGGGUAACUACACGUGGUGGCGAUACUCGGUGUCGUACACGUGCGGUGCGCGAUGCACGGGGCGCGCGGCCGUGUGGCACGCGGCGGGGGAUGCGGCGGGGGGUGCGGCGGGGGACACGCCGCGGCACGGCGCUGCUCCCGCGCACCGCGUACGGGUGUUGGACUCGCGCUGCACGCGCCUGCCGCUGCUACCUUGGCCACAACUCUGCGAGGAGAGUGAGGUCGAGACGCUGAUCGUGGAGCGUGUGGGCGGCGGCGCGCGGCUGGAGGAGCGCGCGCGCGGCGCGUGCGGCGCGCUGGCGGCGGCGGCGGCGCGCUGCGACCUGCCGGCGCGGCGCCGCCAGCACCUGCUGGCGCUGCGGCACGCGCUGCCGCCUCGUUAG